ACUCUGCCUCCUCCCGAGUGCGGGCCCCGGCUCCCAGUUCCACCUCCACGCUGGACCCCGCCUCCACGCGGGACUCCGACCCCAGUCCUAUCCCCAACCCGGCCUCCCCGCCCGAGCCUGCGGCAUGCGCGCCCGGCUCCUGUGGCCGCGCCCUGGCGGCUGCGCGCGCGCUGGCCUGGAGGCCGACGUGGAGAUCCUUCUGGAGGCCGAGCUGGCCCGGCAGCCACUGCGCGGGCAACAUGGCGGCGCCCAGUGAACGGGGGAGCUUCCGCGGUGGGAAUCUCUUCUCCUUUUUGCCCGGCGGCGCGCGCUCCGAAGCAAUGGAGGAUGUGGUGACGGACGCGCGCGGCCGGGGCGCGGGACGGAGAGAUACUGCCGCCGCCUCGGCCCCGACUCCAACCCCAGCGCCGACCCCCGACUCUCAGGUCCCCGAGGACAUCUCCCGGAGACGGCCCUGCCGUGCCUGCGUGGAUUUCAAGUCUUGGAUGCGGACGCAGCAGAAGCGGGACAGCAAGUUUAGGGAAGAUUGUCCUCAGGAUCGUGAGGAACUGGGCCGCCACAGCUGGUCUGUCCUUCACACUCUGGCUGCCUACUACCCUGACCUGCCCACCCCAGAACAGCAGCAAGACAUGGCUCAGUUCAUACAUUUAUUUUCCAAGUUUUACCCCUGUGAGGAGUGUGCCGAAGAUAUAAGGAAGAGGAUAUGUAGGAACCAGCCAGACACGCGUACACGGGCCUGUUUAACCCAGUGGCUGUGCCGCCUGCACAACGAGGUGAACCACAAGCUAGGCAAGCCAGACUUCGACUGCUCUAAAGUGGAUGAGCGCUGGCGUGACGGCUGGAAGGAUGGCUCCUGCGACUAGAGGGCGGCUAGCCGAAGACCAUGGGGCUCCCUGGCUAGAGAGGGGCAGGGCACUUAUUAAAGUGCAGCAGAGCCAGGGGCUGCUGUGUGUGUGUGUUGGGUGGUCCCCAGACACUGCCCAUAGGGCACUUUGCUUCUUAGGUCUCAGAUUGAAGUGGAGGUGCCUGCUGCAGGCACCCUGAUGGCCCCCUCCUCAGCCGAUGCCCUGUGGGACUGCAGGUUAAGGAAUAGGAACAGCCCAGGCUAUCCCUUCUGUUCUGGAUGCAGCCUCCUGCCCACCUCACACCCUGGUGCCCACUUCCCCACACAGGAAGGUGAUGGGGUUGGCUGGGCUCCCCUGUCCCACAAAACCUCAAUGACCUCAAGACCAGGUCAUUGUCUCCCAGGUGUGUAGCUAGGGACAACAGUGGUGACUGUAGACCCAGAGGCUGUGUGCUGUUUGUAAUUCAGGAAAGAGGCCUGGGGACUAAGCUUUCCACCCUCAGUCCCUAUAGGGAGAGAAAGCGCAGGCAGGGUUCUUCUCUGAGGGUCUGAACCUGCAGCCCAUUUUCUGUCUAGUACAUUGCCUUCUAGGCUUGUCAGAGGCUUCCUGGAGCCAGCUUCCUUGGAGCGUGAGACAAAAAUAAAAUGCUGAAGAAGUGACAGAGAA